AUGUCCCUCACAUCUAUCCACCUAUCCGUACAGAGUAAGUAUAUUCGCACAAAUUUGAGACGGCACCCAGGCGUAACAUGCCCCAUUGUUCGAGACGCUGAGUCUGGAGACGCCUCGGCUCCCCUUCACAUGCAUACUUACCCCUUUGAAGCCUUAAGAUGCUAUAGUAGAGCCAGGAUUACCAUUGGCAUGACUACGAAAUACUGUCUUAUGUCGGAUCAGCGGUGCAAGAUGCCGGCAGUAGUGGAGACCAUCUGGCUAAGCGAUGGGCACUUGAGCAAGGGGUUCAAGUAUCUUUCCGUGAUCACCCUCCAUCCCCCGGCCAGCUAUGAUUAUAGAGAAGCAAAGGACACCCUAUAG